AUGUCUAAAGCAGCAGCAGCAGCUCAAAGAAAACUUGCUCAAGUAAAAUGUUUAAUACCAGCUGGAAAAGCAACACCACAACCACCACUUAGUGCUACAUUAGGUCAGCGUGGUAUAAAAGUAAUGGAAUUUUGUAAAUUGUUUAACGAGCGUACGAAAAAGUUCGAAGUGGGAACUCUCAUUCCUACUCGUAUAAAAAUUAAUCCCGAUCGAACUUUUACUUUCGAGACAAACUUACCACCUAUUACUUGGCUAUUGAAACGUGCUGCUAAAAUUGAAAAAGGGGCUAGUAAAGCAGGUCAUGAAUGGGUUGGUAAAAUAAGUUUGAAAGAACUUUAUGAAAUAGCAUUGAUAAAACAUAAUCAAGAAAAUUUAAAACGUUCAAGUUUACAAAGUAUUUGUAAAUCAAUUAUAGCAACAGCUAAAGGAAUGGGUAUUCAAGUUGUACCAUGA